AUGCCUUUCGACGAGUGGAAGGAGAUCCUGUCCGGGACAAUCUUCUUUCUCCAGCCACUUCAGGAGCAGGCUGUAAAAGUCAUUGCUCUCUUCCGCCAUUCCCGCGUUCAGGAGCUCUUCCAAGUUCCCAAACCUUCGCUUCAGCUUCCUGACGACGACCGUGGCGAUGUUCCUGAGGUCGUCCUCCUCCAGGGCCGGAUCCCCGUCCUCCGGACCCGUUGCCGGGGGCAACAGCCGGAGCAGCUUCCUCCGGAUCCUCUCCAGCUCCUGUUCGCGUUGGAGCUUCUGUUUGACGCACUUUUCCCGGAGCCUGGCCACCAGCGCCAGAGCCAGGCUUUCGUCAUGUAUCCCGCCCACACAAACGCAUGCGGAUGGCUCUCCCACCAGUUUGUGCGUUUCCAUGGACGCCACGGCCCCGACGAGGCCCCAAAACGCUCAGACUCAGGCUGCAACGAAAGCAGGCCGUCGCUGCAGUGCGUGCGGUUGCGCGUUGCCAACGGCGACUCUGUGUCUAUGUCCACGUGGGUGUGUUCCACUGUUGACUCGUGGGGCAUCUGGUGGGGGCAAGAGACAAAGGUUUGA